AUGUUAAUUAUCGCCUGUCAAUUUAUUUCGCCGCCACCUCUCGGUCCGCGGUCACAAUCCGCGGCGUCGUCUCAAUCGGGGCCUUCGCAAUUCGGUGCGAAGUCGCUCCACUUGCACGAGAGCGAAUUUCUCCGUGCCGACGCGUCCAAAAGAAAGCGAAUGCAUAACGGUACCGUACCAGUCGGCAUGAUCGUCCCGCAUAUGGGGACGGGCGUUCGAAUGGACGAAAGUGAUACGGGCCCUCCCAAGCCGCCGUCUUUCCCGGAAGCUUUGAUGAUACGGAUUGUGUUGGGC